AACGUUAAUACGGUGGUGGGCCCAGCGGCGUAAACAUUACUCAAUUUCCUCCGCCUCCGCCGCUGCACCACCGCCGGCCGCUCUCCCUUCCGCCUCCGCACGCCAACACUCCAUCGAAUCCACACCUACUUUCCGAUCAAACUCAUCCACAGCAACGAGAGCAUGUUUGAUUAGCGGAAACACACACAAAAUCAGCUACAUUUUCCUCGAUCGCCAUGGAUUCCCCCAAUGAAAGAGGCGCUCCUCCCCAAAUGUCAGGCGAGAAGGAUCUCGAGAAAGGAUUCAGAACGGAGCACUUCUGGCCGUCGCCGUCGCCGCGAGCGCCGGCGCUGGUGGUCUCCAACUCCAGCAAAGCCCUAAUCGUGUCGAAUUCAGGCAAACGGUUCGAUCAAUCGGGGAAGAAGAAGUACGUGAGGCAGGUGACUGGCCGCCACAACGAUACGGAGCUCCAUUUGGCUGCGCAGAAGGGUGAUGUGACGGCGGUGAUUGAGAUUUUGGGAGAAAUCGACGAGCAGAUGCUUAAGACGCUGCGGGGGGCUGAGUUUGACGCCGGGGUGGCGGAGAUCAGGGAGGCUGUAGUGAAUGAGGUGAAUGAAUUGGGGGAAACCGCUCUCUUCAUCGCAGCUGAGAAGGGGUUCAUUGAUGUGAUGAAGGAGUUGUUGCCUUAUUCGACGAGGGAGGGGAUUAGGACGAAGAAUAGGUCGGGAUUUGAUCCUUUGCACAUCGCUGCCAGUCGAGGCCAUCAUGAUAUUGUUCAGAUGCUGUUAGAUCAUGAUCCAGACCUGAGUAACACAGUCGGCCAGUCAAAUGCAACUCCUCUCAUAUCUGCAGCAACGAAAGGGCACCUAGCUGUUGUAAAGGAGUUGCUCCAAAACGAUCCUGAGUCGCUAGAGGCGCGGAAAUCCAAUGGCAAAAACGCGUUACACUUUGCAGCGCGCCAAGGCCAUGCAGAUAUUGUGAAGGCUUUGCUAGAGAUGGACCGACAGUUGGCCCGAAAAACUGAUAAGAAAGGGCAGACUGCUCUGCACAUGGCUGUGAAGGGCGUAAGCUCAGCAGUGGUGAGGCUACUUCUGCAGGCAGAUCCAGCCAUAGUGAUGCUUCCUGACAAAUUCGGUAAUAUUGCGUUACAUAUAGCUACGAGGAAGAAGCGUGCUGAGAUUGUAAUGGAGCUCUUACGGCUUCGUGACACGAAUGUAAAUGCGCUGACUAGAGGUCAGAAAACAGCGCUCGACAUAGCUGAAGGGCUCCCUCUAUCGGAAGAGAUCUGUGAAAUUAAAGACUGCUUGAUGCGCUAUGGUGGAAUGAAGGCCAACGAGCUAAACCAACCCCGUGAUGAACUCCGGGAAACUGUCUCGGAGAUAAAGAAAGAAGUGCAUACGCAACUUGAACAGGCGCGUAAAACAAACAAGAAUGUGAAUGGCAUUGCAAAGGAGCUCAGGAAGCUUCAUAGAGAAGGAAUCAACAAUGCUACUAACUCGGUAACAGUGGUGGCUGUUCUGUUUGCAACAGUUGCUUUUGCAGCCAUAUUCACCGUCCCGGGAGGCGACAACGACAAAGGGAUGGCUGUGAUGGUGAGCAGCCGGGCUUUCCAAGUCUUCUUCAUCUCCAAUGCCAUCGCACUCUUCACAUCCUUGGCUGUCGUGGUGGUGCAAAUCACAGUGGUCCGAGGCGAGGUGAAAUCUGAGAGACGGGUUGUGGAGGUGAUCAAUAAGCUAAUGUGGCUGGCCGCAGCUUGCACCACGGUGGCUUUCCUCUCCUCGUCUUACAUCAUUGUCGGCAAGCACCAUAGAUGGGCUGCAAUCCUUGUCUCUAUCACAGGGGCGGUCACCAUGGCCGGAGUUCUAGGUGGCAUGACGUAUUAUGUGCUGAAGACAAGGAGGAUACGGAGGGUGAGGAAGAGAGAGAAGUAUUCGAGAAGUGGAGGAAGCUCAUUCAGACACUCUGACACUGAUUCUGAAGUUAAUCCUAUUUAUGUCAUUUGAUUCCACCGUCAUCGGUUCUGGACUCUUCGAGAAACGAUCUCAACACGACGACACACUUGCCCGUGUGAGUUUCGGACACGAAUCAUAUGUUGCAUCAAUGGCUCCUGCAAUGAAUCUCUGUAGAGAUUCUUGAAUAUGACUGGUAUUUGUUGGGAUUAAGGUUGAGCUUUGUGACAAGAGAGAAACAUAGGCAAAUGGUCAUGUUCUUGUCUUAGGUUCAAUGAGGAUUUUGUCUCGGCAAAGUGUAACACAUUAUGAAGGCUUUGAAGUUGUUGAAAGAUUAGCAAAUACAGAUGGA